AUGACUAAAAUCUGUUUAUUUAACAAAUACAAACUUCAAAUUAAACAAGCUCUAGAUGGAAAUUUCAUUGUACUUUAUCAACCUGCUCCAAAUUCAUUUAUUAUCAUACAAAAAAAUGAAGGAAUUACACAUAAUAAAAGUGAUCAUAAUAUUCAUCAAGAAAGUGAUCAUCAUGAUAACUUAAAUUCUUCUAGUAUAAAUAUAAAUGAUUGUCAAUCAAAAUCUCAUUCACGUCGUCAACGACGACAACGAUUUCGUGUAGUUAUUGGACCACAAUUAUGUAAUUGUCAAAAUGGAAUUAUGCAUGAAACAGGAAUGACUAAUAAGUUAAUUGAACCAUGUGUUCAUUUAUUGUUUGUUAUGUUGCAUGUUCUUAAAAUACCGAUUGAUGAUCCACAUUUAACGGCAAUACCUUUACCUAGUUCAAAAGCUGAAUUUUGGAUUGAAAAGUAUCGCAAUCAUCGUCAUUCAUUAGUCCAGUCCUACACUAAAAAUAGAAGAAACUCAAAUACAUUGAAAAAUGAAGGAAAUCAACCGGAAACACUUAAGUUGCCAGAAAAACUAAUCAACUCUGAAAUAUCAAACACACGUUUAAUCAUUCCUCAGCCCAUUCGUCAUGAAAAGACAAAUAACUUUCUUCAUUUACGUGCUAUUAUGAAUCCAAGUGCCCAUGAUUCUAGUGAAUUGUCAUCGAUCACACAAGACAUUGUUCCUGUAUCUAGAAGAGAGACUGAAAGUGCAGGAACAUGUGACCCAAGUACUUCAUAUACAGCAGCAACCUCAAGGACAAGUUCCAUCGAUAGUAUAGAAAGCUGUAAAUUAGACUCAUCCUGUCGAUCAAAUGACCAACAUUGCCGUCCCCGCCAUCAAACUACAUUUUCGUGCUCCUCUAGCUCGGAAACGGGUUUGUCCUGUCGACGGCCUCAAACUGCGCCUCAGCCUGAACUUCCACCCAGACUAGGUCGAACAAGAGCCAAGUUUGUCAGGUAUUUGUCAUUAAUAUUACAAUUGUCAUAACAUGUCC